AUGGAAGAGAUUUUCGAUAGAGCGAACACAUGCUACAAAGACUCCACGCCGGAGCUGAAGGAAGAACGAGCUACGCUCUUGGAGGAUUGGCUGAAAAUGGAAACGAGCUUUGGUAAGCUCGGGGAUGUUAGUGUUUUUAAUUCAAAACUCCCGAAGAAGCUCAAGAAGAUAAAGCCAAUCACUAGAGAAGACGGUUCAACAGAGUACGAAGAAUACAUUGAUUAUCUAUAUCCAGAAGAAUCGCAGACGACGAAUCUCAAGAUUCUUGAAGCUGCUUAUAAAUGGAAGAAUCAGAAAGUUGCUACUUCUAAGGAUUACGAUUAA